GGAGAUACAGGUUACCUGGCGAUAUUUCUAAAGACCAUAAAAGCCCUUUUAACCCUCAUUUUGCUUAUUCAAAUAUUUAUCCAGUAACAUUAGCUCGAUUCCACCUUAGAAACCCCGUCUAGUAUUAUACGGUCACGCAUAUCAAUCACAUCACAAGCAUUGCAAUCCAUUGACCAUUCAGACACCAAUCCGUUUAUAACCCUCACCUUUCCGUCGCAUAUCCCCAUUCAUGUCUGAGACUCCGCUUUUAAAAGACCUCGCCUCGUACACGGAGUCCUCCGACCUUCCCACCUCGUUGGACCAGCCUGUUCGUACGCCCUCAGACUCUCAGGAUACCUCUGACGUGGUUUCCUCGAGUCCUCAGUACAAUCUUCUGCGGAUCCUUCCCGCGCUCUGGAUCGGAACCUUCCUCUGCGCGCUCGACGGUACCAUCGUCGCCAACACCAUGGCCUCCAUAGCAUCCUCCUUCGAACAAGAACACAUGGUUUCCUGGGUCGCGACGCUGUAUCUCCUCACUAACACCGCAUUCCAACCACUCUAUGGCCGGGUUUCAGACAUUGUCGGCCGCAAGCCGGCGUUACUCUUCGCGCAGUUCUGGUUCGGGCUCGGCUGCAUUCUCUGCUGCUUCGCACGCUCUGUGCCGCAGUUUGCAAUCGCACGCGGUAUCGCUGGUGUUGGUGGGGGCGGCCUCCCCGCCCUCCUGUCAAUUAUUGUCAGCGAUAUGGUUUCGCUCCAGGAACGUGGCUUGUACCAGGGCUACUCCGGUAUUGUAUUCUGUGUCGGCCAAGUCUUGGGAGGCCCUCUUGGCGGCCUCUUGGUUCAAACCAUCGGCUGGCGCUGGAUGUUUGCAGUCCAGGUUCCUUUGGUUAUUGUGUGUUUUAUUCUCUGCUACUUGUAUGUGAAUAUCGAGCUUCACCACGAGGCUGGAACUAAGGACAAAUUCAGCCGCGAAAACCUCCGCCGUAUUGACGUUGGCGGUGCCCUUUCCCUUGUCACCGCCAUUACUAGUGUGUUAUUUCUCCUCAGCUCCAAGCUUCCCCAAUUUACAGUAAUUGUCCUUUCGCUUCUCCUGCUCGUGUCUCUUGCGGCGUUUAUCUACAUUGAAAGAUCUGCGGCCGAACCAAUCAUCCCUCCGCAUUUGUUCAAGGGCUCUCUCGGUUUGACAGCGUUGAUGGCGGGCUUUGGCACCAUGGCCCUCUAUAGCGGCUUGUUCAUGGUCCCGAUGUAUCUCCAGGUCACCCAGGACUUUACCCAGACUCAGUCCGGGGGGCUAAUUGCGUUCGCGGUGGUGGCCACUGCUAUCGGGCCGCUCAUAGUGGGUAAAGCCCUCAACACCUCCGCUGGCGCCUCCCCUGAAGACGCAGACCACGCUACAAUGCUCCAAGCGAAGCGUAUCGCGCUCUGGAGCGUUUUCCUAGAAAUAAUCGGCGCUCUGAUACUCGUGAUAACGGAGUUUUCCCUCCCAGUGCACUUCCCAGGCCAUGGGGCGAUGCCUCUUUCGGGUAAAGCCUUCCUUGCGCUCGGCCUAAUCCUCUGUGGGUUUGGGUUUGGCUCUUUUCUCCUUGCGUUGUUGAUCUUUGUUAUUGCUAAGGUCGGCAAGCGUGGUCAGGCUCCCGCCACCGGCAUGAACUACCUCUUCAGAGCCGUAGGAAGCGUUGUGGGUGUCGCGAUUGCGCUUUCGGUGUACAAUGCCCUCGUGGUGCCGCGGUUGGAGACGUAUUUGACAGGGGUGCACGGAGGCAAGAAGGUGAUGAAACGGUUACUCAAGGACACCGGAUAUCUCAAGACUGGUGGGUUGUCGCAGAAGGUGCGCACUGAUUUAACGGAAAUAUACAAGUUUGCCUUGGCUGGGGCUUUGGUUCCAGGCGUGGUGUUCGCGGCCUUGGCCUGUGUCUGCGGUGUAGCUCUCUAUUGGUGCUAGAGAUCUAAAACUCGGACGCCUUCCCACUUUUAAUUAUUAUGGGAAAUCGGUGAUGAGUUCAUUGUGCAGCAUCACUGAUACAUUUAUUGGUGAGUGUCACCACCAAAAUCGGCACUAGCUGAUAGUUCUUCUGCCCUUUGGGGCAACGUUAUGACUACUAGUGACCUAUGUUAAUUACAAUGGCCUAGAUACGAAUAUAUUAAUGUUCAACACCGUAUUAAAGGUACUAUUUAAGCAGGCUGUAAUCGUUGGCUGAUAUCCCCUUGGCUCUGAUCAGGCGAUGUUCUAAACUCCUCCUCCUUUAUCUGAUAUAAUGGUAUUUAGUAGUGCCUACUAUGUAUACCACACUAAGUAUCUAAUACAUUAUAUGGA